AUGAUCACGCUCGUCAGCGGCAAGCGUUACUUCAUGCACGGCGGCUACACCUACUGCUUCCGGUCGAAACAGCGCGCCGGCACCAGAUGGCGCUGCACGAACACCUCCGACUGCAAGGCAUACAUCAUCGUCGACUACGACGGCGCCCUGGCGGCCGCCCACGGCUCCCAUCCCCACCGCGCCCCCAAUUACCACAUACUACCCAACGGGCGAUACGUGAAAUUU